UUUAUGAACGACAGUAAAGUAACAGCAGAAGAACUAAUUUUCAGCAAUCUCACAAAAGAAGAAAGAGUUCAAGCAAUAGACAUUGCAAAAACUCACCCAGAGGAAGUUUUGUUUAUGCUCGACUCCUUGGAUACUCUUCAAUAUACAGUUGAUGGAGUUUAUGAACUCAUCAGUCUAGAUGAGCCUGCAUAUCCUGAGGUAAUAAUGUGGAAUUUUCUCUCUGAAAAAUUAUUUCCUGGCUGUCGCAUUAUAUCGUCCAGUCGUGAACAUUCCAUCAGAAAUUAUUGGGGAGAAGUUCGACCAGACAAGGUCAUUGCACUUGCUGGAUUAACAAUGGACUCCAUCAAGGAAAUAAUUUCUGGAUAUGAAGGAAAUGAAGAAGCCGAGAAAAUAAUAGAAUUUCUCAAAAUCAAAGCUCCAUUACUCUUCUUACUGUGCACUACCCCUGUGAUGCUGGUUUACACGCUGAUAGCAUUAAAAUUCAAAUCUGACUUCAAACCAAACACCAUGAGUGGUAUUAUGAUUGUGGUCAUGCAAAGUAUCUUACGAUCCCCCCACACUCACCAAGAGAAUAUUUUUGAAGUUUUGGACAAAUUAAAAGAACUAUCAUACAUUGGGACAGUAGAACGUCGAGUUCUAUUUACAGAAGCAGAUUUUCGUCGAGUUCAUCUAAAACCGGAAGAGGCAACCGAUUUAGCAAUUCUGGCUCCUGGAGGAAUGUAUCGUAAACUCUUUCAAGGAAUCCAUCUUCUUUACUUUCAACAUCAAAGUAUUCAAGAAAUGCUCACAUCUUUCUAUAUUCUUGGACUGGAUUUAAAAUCUUUUAAGGAGUUCGUGGAUAUACAUCUUCAUACCGGUCACUUUGUUUUCGUCAAAAAAAUGAUCUGUGGAUUUUUAUUGAAUCCAACAGUUUAUGAAGCAGCUGGAAUUUUACUUGAAGAAAUUCAGGAUCUUGAAGAAAAACGAGAUAUUUUCAAGAAAAGUCUGCAAUCACAACUCAAACAAAUAUCAAACAAAUCAGAUCUUUUGAAACUUUUCACUACAUUGAACGAAGCCAAGAAUGGAAUGAGUGACAUUGUCAAAUCAUCUCUUGACAAAAUUGACAUGGGUUGGCAUCCUCUCUCAAUCAGUGAUGUUCAUGUCAUUGGAUGUGAUCUCAAGUCAGCCUCACUUCAAACCAUGGCAUCUGAAUUGAAAGGAUCUAAUGUGAAGAUCAAGCAGUUGUGGCUGAAUAGAAACACAAACAUGGGAGUUGGAGGUUUAUCAUCAGUCGGACAAAUACUUUCCAAUCAAUCUUGUGUUGAAGAGUUGAGACUUCGCAAAUGUAACCUGUCAUUAGAUCAACUACAAGCUUUAAAAUCAUCCUUGGGCAGCACAGAGAUUGAUCGGUUGAAUCUGAAUGAAGAUCGAACUGCAAACCAUGAAGAUAUUGUUGCAGUUGCAAAUCUGCUUCCUAAUGUUACAAAGAAUUUGUGGUUGCAAGAAUGGAAAAUAGCAGAUGAAGAUAAAGAAAUAUUGCAGAAUCAAUUGAAUGAAAUCGGAUCUGAGGUACUAAGAAUUCAGUUGGAUGAAUCCAUUCUCAAAAGUCAAAGGAAGUCAGCAGAUGCUACAACCAAUGUUUUUUCUAAACAACUUCCAACCACAACUUCAAAAGCUGAAUUUAGAUCACCAUAUGCAGACAGUUUUGAAAAUACUGGAGAAAAUGUAGCGACUUUACAAGAAGUAGGAAGCCCCAGAAGUGAACUCCCACUGUCUGAAGAAGAAGCAGAACAACCAGAUAAAGAAGUAACGGAAGAACUUGCAAAGCCAACUCAACAUACUUUGCCGCAAAUUGAAAAUGUUUCGUCUCAAAGAAGUGGAUCCGACAUUCUCUUGACUUGGAAUGAAGUACCUGACAGAAACGUUCUAUACAACAUAGAAAUCUUCUGCGAUGAUGUUAAACUUGGAGAGACUCACACUACAGAGGUUCCUCAGUAUAGAAUGAAGUCACCUAAACUUGGUAAAAAAUAUCGUUUUCAAGUCUGGGCCAAAGAUGAAUUGGGAAACUCUGGCAUCAAAACACAGUCAAAGAAUGUUAUCAAAUUCGUAAACAUUGAAGUUGCUGGUGGCUCCAUGAGACUGAACGAAUGCAAAGUCACGUUUCCUAGUGGAACUUUCAACAAACGAACAAAGGUAUGGCUGUCGGUUGGAAUAGACAAUUCAAUAUGCCCCAAAGAAUACAUUGGUAUCACACCUUUUUUCGAUAUCAGUGCAGAUUCCAAAUUUUUCAAAGAUGCGAUCGUGCAAAUCAAGUCAUGGUGCGUCAGUCUGGAAAAAGACAAAAUUGACAUAUUACAUUUCUCAAGUAAAACUGACUGGGACAUUAUUAUUCCUGAUCGAAUCACAGAGGAUAACAGCAUAGAAUUUCGAUGUAGAAAGUUUAGUCUAUUCACUGUCGCCAUCAAGUGGUUAAAAUGGCUAAUUGGCAAACAACAGGUCAUUGUGGAUAACUGUCUCUAUAUUUCAAACAAAAAUGACUUUUAUUUCACAUUUUAUGGCCAAUGUGAGACUGUUGAAACAAGAAUCAGAUCCCAUUUCAGAGAACUAGGGGCACGUCUUGCUCCAAUUUGGUUCAAUCCAAUCCCUUUGGAAACUGGUGACAAACUUCGCCUCGAGUUACAGAUUGAUCGGGGACGAGAAGGUUUACAAUUCAAUAUGCGCCACGGACAAUUCGAUUGUAACGACGCAUUUCUAACAUCCCAGAGACAUAAAUUAAAAUACCGUCUUCUUCCUAAUUUGCAAGAAUAUCCUGAAAGACUCAUCAUUUGCAGAGUUUUGAAAAAUGACGUUUUGCAUGAAAUGCAAGACUUUGAUUUCCCAUUACCACCCGCAGAGGGAGGAGGACCUCCACCUGUCAACUUUGCUGGAGCAAAUAUUGGAAAUGUGAAUCUACCGGGAAAUCAUAACAAUCAGCAAAUGGGGCAAAAUGAACAAAGACAACCUGGUGCAGUUGGUGGAAACCAAGCAAGAGAACCACAAUUGAAUGAACCACUACAACAUGAAAGUGAUAACGAUUCUGAUGAUCUUUGCUGAAAACUCCUUCAAAAACAUGAGAAGUUUCCUUGACUGAACACAUGAGACAAUGCUAAAAUACAAAUGACGCAUGGGCAUGUCGCGUAACGUUAAACUAAAGAGUCAUAUUCGACUUUUAAUUACUCCAACAACCUUGGACUGAAUGCCGAAUGAUCCUGCAGUUCAUACCCCUUAUCCUGGAACAUAUUAUGGACAUGCACAUGUAGUAAAGGGAUUAAAUAUUGAAAAAAUUAACUCACAAAGACUGUUCUCUAAAUAGUCAAAUUUUUCAGUAAUAAUAGAAUUUAAGCAAAAAUUUUAUAAACCAUUUUCAUGUGAAAAGUUGAGAGUAGCAAAUCAGUUCAUCAUUGUAGGUUCAUAGGCUUGUAUUGCGGAGACGUAUAAACUGACUCUUGGUGAUAUGUGCCAUUCUGUCACAGUGACGAUUUCUGCAAAUUCUCUCGCUUACACUAAGUCCUCACUAGAUUUGACCCCAUAAGCUCACAACGAUAAUCUUUGAAUGAGUGUUUUGGGCAGCCAUUACAACAGCCAUACAACCCGAAGUUUCUGUACCAGAGCAUUUUACCUUUGCUUUACUUCGCCUCACUUGAUCCCCACAUUGGUACGAAUAAUUCUGGAGCGCCCAAUAUUUACCGUAAUAAUUUACAGCAUUUUGUGAAAUUCUGCACCAAAUCCUGAUUUGCAUGUCUUUUCAUUUGUUCCAUACAAGUCCUUGUCAUCUGAUAAAUUUGAAAAUUAGGCUGAGUGCAGCAUGCUUUAGCUUUUUAUGUACAAUUUUCAGUGAGCCACAACAAACUCACUUUAAGCUUUUCCAGAACAUUAUGUGUAUUGUUUUUAUAUCGACCAGAUUAAGAAGUUUUUAUGCAAUUACAAUUUUGAUGGCAUAUAUCAAUGAUGAAUUCUAGUUAUAUUAUAAUGGUGAUACAUGUUAAAAUGACAAGCAAUGCUUAUUGCGAAUUUCCAUUUUUUGUUUUGUGAACAUCAGCUUUUUAAAUUUUCAUGCACUGUACAUUUUUUGUUUAUCAUGAUUGACAACUGCUGUACCUAGGUUUUCUCUAUAAUUACGUGUGUUUCUCCACGUGAAAAAAAAAAUAGCCAAAAAAAAAA